UAGUUUUCUUCCAUUACGUCUUUAAUGUUUUAAGAUGUCCCCUUCUUCCUUCUUCCAAUUUUCAUCAAUUAUUUUUUGAAAUUUCCAUUCAGACACGUUAUCUUUUAUUCUUUUAGGCCAAAAAUCGGUUUUUUAGUUCUCUUCCCCUGUUUCUGUGUUCAUACGGUCUCGUCAGUCAUCCCUAUAUAUUUUUUGUCAUGGUCAAUUUCAACAUCUCCCCUUUUGAGUUUUGACCGUUUGGUUUCACCAAUCUCUUCAGACAAAAAACCAACACAGUUCUUUUUCCUUUGGGCCAUUUUAUUUCCAACCCUGUUUUUACAGUUUCCAUGGUGAAAACGGAAUUGAGCCCUUUGUAAAUAAGCUCGUUCUUUCUCUUUGUUUUCUUCACUCCCGUUCCUAUCAGAGUCCCCCUGGUUCUGUCUUUUUCUCUGUGUCUGGACAAUCGAAUUCAUUCAUUUAUUGUUUCAAACAAAUUUUCUUUACAGCAAUCCCGUUAUUCCCACCCGGGUUUUUUUUUUUUUUUUUUUUUGUUCUGGCCAAAAAAUUUAAUCUUUACUUUGAGCUUUCCAGUUUCAAGCACUUCCGGUCUUCUUUCACGUGUGCACUUCCAGAUUCUUUUCUCUCUGUAAUUAUGAUUUUGGUGACUUUUUGAUAUCGUCACGGUGCCAAAGCCUUACAUAUAUAGUUCUUGUUCUGUUCUUAUUUCUUCCUCUGUUCCCCUUCAAGCCUGCAAAGUUUUGAUCUUUUUUUAAGACUUUGAAGCUCUCUUAUAGAGUGGGUUUGUCCCUUUUAAUUUUGCUGUUCAUUGAAGAUGUAUUCAUGACUAUCAAGUCCAAUUUGAGGAAAAUUAGUGCAGAAUUGUCAAACAUGAUGAAGUGUUUUUACAUAUUCAAAGAUAGGCCUUCAAGAUCCCAAAGGGAGAGGAGAUCAGCGGAUUCAGCUCCGGAAUUGAGGAAUCAAAGGGAUACCAGCAGCAGCAGUAGUACAAAACCAAGUCGUCCAACGAGGUCUACUGGUUCAUCCUCGUUACCUAGAAGCAUCCCAGAAUUGUUUAAAGAGAAAGAGCAAAAUUUGAGAGCUUUUUCCCUUUUAGAGCUCAAAGAAGCAACCAAGAAUUUCAACAAGUUGCUCAAGCUCGGUGAAGGUGGUUUUGGGAGUGUCUAUAAAGGGCAUCUUAAGCCACCUGACGGAAGUGAUCCCGUUGUGGUUGCCAUUAAGAAGCUCAACAUAUAUGGUUUACAGGGACAUAAGGAAUGGGUAUCAGAAGUUCAGUUACUUGGAGCUGUUGAACACCCUAAUCUAGUGAAGCUUUUGGGAUACUGUGCUGUAGACGGAGAAAGAGGGAUCCAACGCUUGUUGGUCUACGAGUACAUGCCAAACAAGAGUUUAGAUGAUCAUCUCUUCAACAAGUCUGUUCCAGCUAUUCCUUGGAGGACGAGAUUAAAUAUUAUUCUUGGGGCAGCUCAAGGGAUGGCAUACCUGCAUGAUGGAUUGGCCUUUGAGGUGAUAUAUCGAGAUUUUAAAUCGUCAAAUGUGCUAUUGGACAAGGAUUUCCAUCCGAAGAUUUCAGACUUUGGGCUUGCAAGAGAAGGACCAGUGGAGGGUAAAAGUCACGUGUCAACAGCGCCUGUAGGAACAUAUGGUUAUGCUGCCCCAGAAUAUGUUUCGGAGGGCCAUCUCUCCACUAGGAGCGAUAUAUACAGUUUUGGGGUUGUGCUUUACGAGAUCCUCACAGGCAGAAAAGCUCUGGAGAGGAAUCGGCCAGCAGCUGAGCAGAAGCUCUUAGAAUGGGUAAAAAGGUUCCCAGUUGAUUCUAACAAAUUCAGCAUGAUAAUUGAUCCUCGGCUGCGCAAUGAGUACUCAUUGAAUGCUGCCCGAAGGAUUGCAAAAUUAGCAGAUAGGUGCUUGAACAGAAAUGCUAGAGAGAGACCCACAAUCGCUGAGGUGGUUGAGGUUUUGCAGCAAGCUAUACAAGAAUCAGUAGAGGAAAGCUCACGCGCAACAAGUAUUGAGUCUCCGAGUUCUAGAACCAACCCGAGUGUUAGAAACAGGGAAAUCAGUAAAAUGGCGAUUCCUGGAGCUAGACGGAUGAGCAAUGCUGCUCAGGCAAGUUCAACCAAGCUUACUACUAGAACUUAUAUAAGCUAGACCUCCAAAGAUUGACCUAAAGUUUUCUUCCUUUUCGGCUGACAUUUCUCCUUUCUGUGCAUUGACAGGCCUAAAUCCGAAGUUCAAAUCCCUUCUUUGGACUUGGAUGCCAAGUUGUUCAAAAACUUGAAGGCAUAUAUGAUUUUUUUCCACCAUGGGAUUUCGGCUUGGCGUAUUUUUAUAGAGUUUGACAAACAUAUUUUCGCGGCAAGAUAGUUGUUUACUUUCCAUACCUUGAUUGAGAGGAUCUUGAACAUAUUGGAGAUUUUGUUAGCAGGAAUAGUAAACAUGAAAUUAGCAGUUUGUGGGAAGGACAAAAUAUUGCUAUGCUAGUGACACCAUUUUUUUUUUUUUACUUUUUUUUGUACAGUUUGCUCCAUUCUUCUUUGAUUUGAGAAAUUGUCUGUCGAUUCAUAAUACUAGUCAAAAUCAUCUAUUCAAUAUCCUCAUGAUUGAAUCACCAUUUUCCAUGCGGGUCUCAGUUCUUAGUGCAUUCGAACAGCUUAUUUUUGGAAAAUGGAAAGGUACUUGUAUUAGAGUCGGUAAUUGGCUGGACCAUUUUAUAAGGAAGAUGGAAGAAUGAAGGUCAUGAAGCGGCCUGGAACUAACUUAGUCUUGGGUGUUCUAUUGUUGAUUAGUCGACAUUCAAUCUAGCAAAACCCCGCUAUGGAAACAUCAUAAUUACAAUUUUAUUUUAUUUUUUGAAAGUCCAAACAUCUAUUUAAAUUUCC